AGGGGAAUAGCACAGGAAGGAAGGGAGGGAUUGGUCGACAGAGUUGCGAGGCAAACCAGGGAUCACAUGAGCAGGGAUCUGUUUACAAAUUGAAACUGUGCGGCUGGGAAAGAGAAGCAGAGCAACUAACUUUCCUGGAGAAUAUUCCAGACAAGCUUUACCUUGAACCCAAGACCCUUGUGUUUUUGGCAUGGAUAUUUGAAGAAUGAGCUGAGGCCUUUGUUUUUUCGACUUUCUUGAUGGAAGGAUUGAGAGAGCAGAUGGUUUUAGGUGGAGAGAAAAAAUACUCCCCCACAUAGGCAGAGACACACACACACAAACACUCUAGAGAUACAGCAGCUUGAUGGUGAAAAGAAUUGUGUAUGUGCGGCUGUGUUCUUUGUUUCUUUGAAGGGCCUGUUUUCAGAGAAAGGGACAUUGCUUAAACACCCUCAAUUUUAUAGAGACAUCGCAGAAGAGGAACUAGAAUUAAGAACAAGGACAUCAAAGAAGGGCACCAAACUCUUUUGCAAUAAGGCUUCAAGGGAAAACAAAGGCAGGUUUCCUAAGGAUUCUUGCUGUAGAUUUUCACGAAUUACUCAUAUUUUUGGAUUUUUUGAGAUCACUAAACAAACCAUACAGAGGAAUUAUCAAGGAAUCCAUUUACUUUUGUAUGUGACAACACAAAGCAAUCAGAUUUUAAGUGCCAUUCAGCCGCAUAUGGACUCAUUCUCGAAGACAAGAGGAAUAUCAAGGGCAAAUUAUGCUUCCUUUGUCUUCGUAACAAAGCACCUUGUGCUUAUUCAAUUCACUGGAGCCAAAGAGUGAUUGAACGCUUUUGUUCUUCAACAAUGGCAUCAUAAAAGUGGAAUAAAUGAAGCUAUAAUUGAGCUAUAAUCAAGACAGCACACUCUUGCAUUUAAGAGAUGAUUUUUAGACACACUGACCUACAACUGCUUUGAGUGCAUUGCAGAACAUUGUUGUGAAUAAGGUUUUGGUUGCAUCCCCAGGACCCCCGAACUGCCUGUUCCUAACAAGCACUGAGUUGCAGCACCAGUGCUUGGAGUCAGAUUACAUGCAACCAUUACAAUGGUGUAACGGCUUCCUCUGUGGUCUAGGACUGCAGCAUUCAGACUGUGAUUUGUCAGAAGAAGACAUCUACCGCCUACCGCUCAACAUGUAUGUCAUUGUUAUGGGCAUAGGCAUGUUCAUCUUCAUGCUCGGCGUACUCUUCUGCUGCUAUCUGUUCAGGUUGAAACAGCAAGGCACAAGGCAGCAGUACAGCUACAAUGAGGUGGUGUUAAAAGGCGCUGGAAAGAAGAUGAGCCUGCUGGGACAACCCUGUGCUGUAUGUCUAGAGGAAUUCAAGACCAGAGAUGAACUGGGCGUGUGCCCGUGUUCACACACCUUUCAUAAGAAGUGCCUGCUAAAAUGGCUUGAGAUCCGCAGCGUCUGCCCGAUGUGCAAUAAACCCAUAAUGCGUCUACAGAGUGCCGACACUCCUCAAGGAGCGGAGGGGCUUCAGGACCCCGAAGAAGUGUGACCCCAAAAACUGUAUGGCCCAUGGCCAGAUUAACACUCUCUUGUUCUGCGAACAUUGGGACAUAUAUGAUCUGCCAAGGCUCUCCAUAGCCACUUAUAUAUACUGCCACAGAGGACCCAUCAGGAUGACAAGAGCAGCCUGCACUAGUGAAUAAGUACCAUAUUGCCAGUAGCCAAACAUAAGAAUAAUCUACUAUAUAUUGUGCCACAAUAUUCUCUUAUGGCACUUUUCCACUGCUUGUUACGGUUUGACUCACCUCUAUUCGCUUUACUUUUAUGAGCUUGCAUUUCCACUGCAGUUUAGUGCCUCCUCAACGUGGGUGAGAUUAUAGGCUGAUCGUCAUAGUUGCACCGCCUCUACUGCAGUGACAUCAUUUUAAACACGACACAAACUGACCAAAAUAAUAACACGACCGCUAGCUUUUAGCUACUAGCUCAUUGUGCUGCAUAAAGCAGUUGUUGCAUGGUGAUUUUACACAAGUGUAACAGUUAAAUUGGCCUGGUUGUUUUAGAAGGAAGCUUCCAGUAGCUGGUCAACUAAAUAAAGUGAAGCUUUCAAGCAGAGUAUAGAGUUAACAUAACAAAACGUACCAUCCUCCAUCGUGGCUUAGUCCAGGGCACUUCCCUCCCAUUGCUCGCCGGUUUAGAUGGCGUCGAUUUGGUCAAAUGACUUCCACUUUUACUUGGUGGUUCUGUAGUCACUUUUAAUUUGUUUGUUUUUUACUUUUUCCUACACUGUUGGUAGGUCUGGUGGUAGCUAUGUGCGGCCAACAGCUGAGAGACUUUUUCGUUUCUCUCAUCGCUAACGAGUGGACCGUCUGUACCUCGUUUAUUGACCACGGCGUGGUUUUGCGCACAGCCAUUUCUUUUUCACAAUUCGAAAGUCACGUGAACUAAUGAUACUGUUAUCGCUGUUGCUAACUUUAAAACUAGCGGGUUGAUGUCACGUGUCGGAAAUCCAGUGACGCUGGAAGUAACGAUUCUCCCUGACCAAUCAGAGAUCUUCAGGAUUUUGAUGUCACAUUUAGUAUCGGCUCGGAUCGCUUGGAACCUCGACCGAGGUGGUACUAAAUAAAGUAUCAGGUACCAGGUACUAUCCAGUGAAAACCCCCCAAAAAUCAAGCAGAGUCGAGUUGAACCGUGCAAUGGAAAAGCACCAUUAGUAUCGUGCUGAGGUUCUAAAGAGAGCAACACAACAUGCAUGCUCAGUAAUGGACGUCAAAAUGAGAGGUAAAUGUCUCAAGAGUUUGCCUCAGGGGAUCGAACAACGAAAGAAAACAUUGAACUUUGGCAAUGAAACUUCAAAGGACUGAUACAUAUAUGGUGUUGGUGUAAUAAGCUCACUAUUUGACUGGUACUACAGGUCUUUAUGAAGAUUGUGUGUAGUCCAUAAUGAAAUAUUAUAUAUAUAAUCAGUGACCAGCAGUUCUUAUCCAAUAUUGUGUUCAUUGCUUAAGUUGUUUACCAUUUAAUGUUAUUUUGCAUUGUUUGUUUUUGAAUAAAAUGUUAUAGUUAUGCGUUAAACCUUAAUUUUUGUAUCAUUCUUGAAAUAUUGAGGAGUUCUGAAGCCAAAUUUGAAAAUGUGCGAUUUAAAGAACUAGCCAAGCAGAAAUGCAAAGUUUGUUUACAGACAAUCAAAUACCCAUCUUUUUUUAUUAAAAAUGUAAAGAAAAACCCUACACAAAGUAUAGCUGACUCUGAACUUUAUCAAUACUUUUGGUGGGGAAAAAAUUGCAUAAUGAAUGUCAUAGGUAGAUUAAUUCACACAAGUUACCUCAAAGAAACAUUUCCUAAAAAGAUUAUCCCAUAGACUGUCAUUGUUUUUUGAAGUCACAAAAUGAUCACCAAUACGGAGUAAAAAAAUUAUAAUUAUUAUUGCUUUUUAUUAAAUAUUUCACUCAAGUUGUUAUGCAGACAAUGUAAUUUGAAAAAUAAAAAAAAUAAAUGUGGACACUUUAAACUGUAGAAUCUUUAUUAAAAAAUGUGAAUGCCUUUAUAUCAUUGCAGCAGUAUUAUUUGUUUUUACAAAGUCUGAAAAAGAAAAUCAGUGAAAUAGAUUUAUUUCACUUGAUAUCUGAUGGAAAGUGUUUAAUAGCUUAAGUUGAUCUUUUAAACAUCUCUACAAUGAGUCAAAUGCAAAACACAAUUUUGGAAAAAACAUUUCUCCAAUAACCAUCAAUUUUGUCAAAUACAAACACUGAUUGGCAGAGACAAUUUAUGAUCCAUUCAUAGAUAUAAUGGGAUGCAUGUCAAAGUAAUUUUAAUCGCAAACUAACUGCUUCAGGAAAUCUGGCCCAGAGUUCUGAAACACACACAGUGACAACUUUGUGCAUCUAUAGAAAUAUAUAAAUAGCCAAAGGUGUAGGAGGCGGCAAAUAAACACAAUGUUGAAAGACUCGGGGACAAAUUUCUUAUAGGUUAGUUUAUCAUAAUGCACCCCAAGGUCUGAAUUUAAUGAUAAAGAAA